CACACUGCUAUUGAAUUAAAUGGCGCCUGAUUUUUAGAGCAUUUUUGUAAAAUAUCUACAUAAAUAACUAUGAGCAGUGAAAGCGAACAAUUCUAUAGUGACGAGGGAGAGGAUUCUGUGGUAGACAACACGAGCUUAGGGCAAUCACGUAAAUCCUCGCGGCUUAGGAAAUCCUCUAGGCUUAGCCAAUCCUCGCGCCUUAGCAAAUCCUCGCGCCCCAGCAGCCACAAUAGCAACGGAGGUGGCGUGGUUAUAGAUGAAACGGAAACAGAGGAGGAAUCAGAACAUUCGGACGAAUCCGAGGAGUCUGCUGAGUCGGCGGACUCAGAGGAAGCAAGUGAAUCAGAAAAAUCUGAGGUAUCGCACGAAUCCGAUGACUCUGGAGACGUCAGCGUUCGACCGCCUAUCAGGCGAUCCAGAAAGAAGCCAUUGGAAAUACCAUCUGAUAGUGAAGAUGAGGACGAGGAGGUGGAACAGCGCGCACUAUCUCCCUGUACGCGUAUGAGUAUUACUGGGGUGCGACCCCAGGAUCUAAGCGAUGAAGACAGCGAGAUUGAAUACAGUGAUGUGGCCCAGGAAACUACCCCGACGCCCGCUAUAGUUCCGCGCUACACUACUCAGUUUGCUGGCAAUAUCCAGGACGCUCUGCACUCGACAAUCGCACCGAUUCAAGCUGAUCCUCAAGUUCUGGACGACUCCAGUGGCAGUGACGUGCUCAUUCUCAGCAACAAGGACACGACGAUCGAGAUAUCAUCCAGUACAGAUGAAGACGCCAGUAACAACAAGGAAAAUAUGUUGGGACAUUCAGUUGUGCGUCCAUCCAGAUCCUUCUCGCCAAGAAACGCUGCUGGUGGUUCAUUGGUCCAGUCCACUAAGAAUUUAAGCCAGCCCACAAUACUGGCGGCCCUCAAGCAAAAGACCUUACCCUCCGACUCAAGUAAUUUACGUGUAAAAAGCGAAAACACUAUGGUAGUCAGCCAGGUUGUUUACGAGGAGGAGAUGCGCAAAUUGGCGGAGAAGCGUGUCCAGGUGACCGAUACGGAGAAACUGUACGAGAAGGUGGCCCAUAAACUGCCCGACAAUGGCAGCCAAAUUAAGAAGCGUAUCAGCAUCCUGCGCGCCGAGCUUGAAGUCGCUGAGCAGUAUGUCAACAAGUUAAAGGUGGAACCGAGUAAUGCACCCGCCAUCAAGGUGGCUAAAGGAAUUUUUAAUCCACCCAAAGCCCCAUCAAUCGAUACUCCUGACUGGGAUGAGUUGUCGGCGGCGGUCAAUCAGAUUCAGCCUGUCUACACGGGCACCAUCGGAAUGGCCACCUUUAAUAACCAGAAGGCUCUAACCCUGGAAUCUCUGAAGGACCUACAUGGUUCACUGAAGGAUUGCCCUGGCCCAGAAGUGCUGGCGGAGGAUCCAAAGGGUCUUAAGGUAACUCUUAUGGACCACCAAAAGCACGCCCUGGCCUGGAUGAAAUGGCGCGAAAGUCAGCUUCCCCGCGGAGGAAUUCUGGGUGACGAUAUGGGCUUGGGAAAAACCCUGACCAUGAUCUCAUCUGUGCUGGAAUGCAAAAAUCGCCAAGAGACAAGUGAAGACGACGAACAGAGCAGCGGCAGCGACAAUGAGGAUGAGAAAAGCAAAAAGCAAAAGGGUGGAUGGACCUCAAAAGGUCGUAAAGACUCUCACAAGGGUGGCACCUUGGUAGUGUGCCCGGCCAGCUUACUGCGUCAAUGGGAGAAUGAAGUGGAAUCCAAGGUGUCACGUCACAAGCUGACCGUUUGCGUGCACCAUGGCAACAAUCGGGAGACCAAAGGCAAGCACCUUCGUACAUACGACAUUGUCGUGACAACGUACCAAAUUGUGGCCCGGGAGCACAAGAGUUUAAGUGCCGUGUUUGGCGUAAAGUGGCGUCGGAUCAUUUUGGACGAGGCGCAUGUGAUCCGCAACCACAAGUCGCAGUCAUCGAUGGCAGUUAAUGAUUUGCGGGGCAAAUAUCGUUGGGCUUUGACCGGUACUCCUAUUCAAAACAAGGAGAUGGAUGUAUAUGCACUUUUAAAGUUUUUGCGGUGCUCUCCUUUCGAUGAUUUAAACACGUGGAAGAAGUGGAUUGACAACAAGAGCGCUGGUGGAAAGAACCGCCUCAAUCUACUCAUGAAGUCCCUUAUGCUGAGGCGGACGAAGGCACAGCUGCAGAUUGAUGGCAAAUUGAAUAGUUUGCCGAAUAAAGAAAUGCGUCUGAUGGAAAUCUCGCUGGGCACUGAAGAGAUGAAUGUCUACCAAACUGUGAUGACUUAUUCCAGGACUUUAUUCGCUGAGUUUCUCCAUCGGCGCGCCGAAAGAGACACGGAUUAUAAUUACAGAAGCGAAGCGAACAAACCAACCUACAAUCAAAUUAAAGACCCUAAUGGCGCAUAUUAUAAGAUGCAUGAAAAGUUCUCCAAAAUGGCCGGAGGUAACAGGGAGGUCAAGGCUCAUGAUAUCCUGCUACUAUUGCUGCGACUGCGACAGAUAUGCUGUCAUCCCGCGUUAAUCGACGCGAUGCUGGAAUCGGAGGAGUCCCAGAAUAUGGACAAUAGUGACAGUAGUGAUACGCCGGAAAUCGACUUGUUAGCGCAGCUCAAUAAACUGGCCAUUACCGACACCUCUACGGAGUCUCAGCCUUUCGGGGCCGCUCGAGGUGGCGAUAACGACGCCUCUCUGGGAGCAGAUGAAGCUCGCAUCGCCAAGGCCUCAAAAAAUCUGCUUAAGCGCACUAACCCGGUAUUCGAUCUAAACCGUCCCUCCUCUAAAAUUUCCGAGGUUAUUAAAAUUCUGAAGACAUCGAUUCUGAAUACUUUGGACGAUAAAGCAAUAGUUGUAUCGCAAUGGACAUCGGUGUUGAACAUUCUACGCACUUACUUGGAAAACGACGGUGUGCCGUCUCUGUCGCUAAACGGAAGCGUUCCUGCGAAAAGCCGUCAAGACAUCGUGAACAAGUUCAACGAUCCCAAGAACCCAAAUCGCAUUCUUUUGCUCUCCCUUACCGCUGGCGGUGUGGGCUUAAAUCUGGUUGGUGCUAAUCACCUGUUGCUUUUGGAUCUCCACUGGAAUCCUCAGUUGGAGGCUCAAGCUCAGGACCGUAUUUACCGCGUUGGACAGAAAAAAGACGUCAUUAUCUACAAGUUUAUGUGCGUGGACACUGUUGAGCAACGGAUCAAAGCCUUGCAGGAUAAGAAAUUGGAACUAGCCGAAGGUGUCCUAACAGGUUCCACAGUUAGCUCCAAACUCACGAUGGACGACCUUAAAGGCCUGUUUGGGAUGUGAGAUUGUGCAAAAUGCUUUAAAUUUUUAUUUAAGUUCAACGUUUUCGUCUUGCAUAUUCAUUCCAUAGAAAACAGCAUUCAAUUUUAUUUACAGCGAAAUUUUUAUUCAAGAUAAAUGUAAAUUUUCUUUAUGUUUUUAGUUCUUUGUUUCGAAGCUUUUGUAUUAAAAUUAACUAGAAUACCAUUUAAAGUGUUUGGUGAUUUAUAGUGAGUUCCAUUAAAAUUGAAAUGUGUUCUACUAGGUUUUGAUAUCCUUAAUCUUAUAUUUCGCGUUUUUUUUUUAAGCGGAUACAAUCGAAUUCCACUACAAUCUGAAUAGCAUAACAUAUUUGGUUUUUGUCAAACUGUACAAAAGAAAUGUUUAAUGUAUAAAAGAAAACCGUGUUUUCUUAAGUUUAGAAAAGUACGCUACACUAUUUUCAGAUCAGACAGAUCAGUUCUCACGAAGUAAUAAAAAACCGCAUGCUUUCUUCACAUGGCAGCGCACAGCCCAAGAAAAAUGUAAUGUACUCUUAAGAGGAUUGAAAUAAAAUGUAUAUGUUUCAAGCUGAUAA